AUGGCAGCACCAACAGCACAACAGUCUCCUCACCAAUCGGAGCUCACCCUUCAGGGUCAAGGGUUCAACAACGAAAAGUCAGACAUUGAAGAUGGUGUUGCACAACCGCCUGUGAAGCCGGUGGCUGGCAGUGGUGCACCUGAUGGUGGUCUCGAAGCUUGGCUUGUUGUACUAGGGGCUUGGUGUACAUCAUUCUGCAGUUUUGGCUGGAUCAACAGUGUUGGAGCGUUCCAGGAGUAUUAUCAGAAUGAUCUCUUGAAAGAAUACUCUUCCAGUACCAUCGCAUGGAUCCCCUCGCUGCAGAUCUUUUUCAUCAUGGGCAUGGGUCCCAUUAUUGGAAAACUCUACGACAGCUAUGGUCCUAGAUGGCUCAUCCUUGGUGGAAGUUUCUUGCAUGUUUUCGGUAUCAUGAUGGCUUCUAUUAGUACAGAGUACUACCAAAUUCUUCUGUCACAGGGUGUAUGCUCUGCCAUUGGUGUCUCGGCCAUCUUUCAACCAGCCCUAUCUGUUAUCCACGGAUGGUUCGACUCCAAGCGAGGAGCCGCCUUUGGUAUUUUAUCCACCGGCUCCAGCAUCGGCGGCAUCAUCUUCCCCAUCAUGGUCACCCGCCUCAUCAAGCUCGUCGGCUUCGGCUGGUCCAUGCGAAUCUGCGCCUUCAUGAUUAUGUUCCUCCUCAUCAUCGCCAACCUAACCGUCAAGUGCUUCACACCACCCCGUCCCCAAAAGGUCUCGCGCUCGCAGUUGGCCAAGCCUUUCCGCGAACCAGAGUUUGUCUUUUGUCUACUUGGAUUCUUCUUCUUCACUUUCGGCAUGUUCAUACCCAUCAACUACCUGCCCGUCCAAGCGCUGCAGGCUGGUGUCAACCCCAGCCUUGUUCAGUACUUGAUUCCCAUCCUCAAUGCUGCGAGUCUCUUUGGACGUAUCAUCUCAGGAAUUCUCGGCGACAGAAUUGGUCGUUACAAUAUUUUCAUCAUCGUGUGUUAUCUGUCUACCAUCUGGGUCUUGGCUCUUUGGAUCCCAUGCAACACGCAAAACGGCCUCAUCGCUUUUGCCGCCCUCUUUGGUUACAGUUCCGGCGCCUAUGUUUCUCUGAUUGCACCCCUUGUCGCUCAGAUUUCACCCAUACAAGAGAUUGGCUUCCGCACCGGCAUGGUGUUUUUCGUGUCGUCCAUUGGUGGACUGACGACCAAUCCAAUCAGCGGUCAAAUUCUUGAGAAGCCCAACGGUUGGAUUGGGGUAAAGGUUUAUGCAGGAGUGUUUUGUUUCGUUGGCACUACCUUUAUUUUCGCCGCGAGAGUCCAUCGUGUUGGAUGGAAGGUCAAGGCUGCGUUUUAA